AAUUAUACAAUUUAUUUUGUUUAAAAACGACAACAAAAUCCACAUACUUUUUUAAAACCAAAAAAAAAAAAAAAAAAAAAAAAAAAAAAAAAAAACAAUAAUCAACAUACUUCAGUUCGGCCAAAAAAAACGACGACAAAAUCCAACACCAAAAUCUGAUUUACUUACCUAGUUAGUUUUCAUAAGAGUGACCUCUUUUGUACCUCAAAAACAAAAAUGGCCUCCAUUCCUUUAGUCCAUUUCUCUCAGUCUCUCACCAUCCCUAACCUCAGAACUCGCUUCCCUUCCCUACCUCACCCACUGACCACACCAAAUCUCCCCAACCUCAAAUCUCAACAACACAAAUGGCCCAAAUUCAAAUCCACCACCGUCACCCGCAUGUCGUACAACAAAGGCACCGUCACCCCAGCCACCGAUCGAUUGGUGUCGGCGGUGGCUUACACUCUCCCUUUCUUCAAUUCCCUCCAGUACGGUCGCCACCUCUUCAUGCAGUACCCUAAAUUGGGUUACCUCUUCGACCCUCUCCUUCCAAUCAUCGGUCUUUACAGGUCCAUCCCUUACGCAAGCUUCGUGGCCUUCUUCGCUCUCUACCUCGGCGUCGUCAGAAACCCUAGCUUCACCCAUUACGUCAGGUUCAAUUCGAUGCAGGCCGUGACUCUUGACGUUCUCCUGGUGCUGCCCUUGCUGCUCCAGCGGAUUCUGAGCCCGGGUCGGAGCGGGUUAGGGUUCAGGAUUAUGGUUUGGGUUUACACUGCGUUGUUCGUGUUCAGUGUUCUUUGCUUCGUUUAUAGUUUGGCUUCUUGUGUUUUGGGUCGGACCCCUUACUUGCCUAUCGUCGCUGAUGCUGCUGCUAGGCAGAUAUAGCUGAAAAUGGUACUCUUUUAAGUGUCUCAGAUUUGAACUCUUCACUUUCUCCAAUUUUUUUUUGUUAUUAAAAACGUUUAACCUUUUCUCUUUUGAACUUUUGCUGAAACAAAAAUCUGUUCAAAGUGUUCAAGUUCGGCUCUUUUGUUUUGAGUAGGAAAAGAAAAGACUUUGUUUUUCGUUAUAGUAUGUACAUUUGAAUUGACAAAGCUUUUUGGGUUGGGUCAGUGACCGUGACACCAAUUCAACUGAACCGUAAAAUUGAUCCCAAAUGUAUGCAGUUUAUGGGAUAAUAUUAUUGUCCAUUUCAGAUUAUGCAAGUUUAUUACCCAUGAAA